AUAAUGGACGACGAAGGAAGUACUUUGUUACGACUUCAUGGAACAUUUAUGGUACUUGGAUGGAUAUUAGCAGCUUCCGUUGGUCAUGUGAUUGCCAGAUACUUCAAGAAGACCUGGAUGAUAUGGCGUAUUUACAGUUAUGACGUGUGGUUUGUGAUCCACGUUUGCUGCAUGGGCGCUCUAUGGCUCUUCACAUUGAUCGGAUUUUUGGUUGUCGUGAUUGACGUGAAGGGUUUGCGAGCAGGUUGGCAUGAAAUUAUCGGAAUUUUCCUCGUUUUAUGCACUUUGGCAUUCCCCAUUGCGGUAUUUUAUGGCCCCGAUAAAGAAUCGCCGUACUACAAAAAAUGGAAUAUGGGUCAUUUUGCUGUUGGAUCAGGUCUUCAUGUCAUUGCGAUCAUAAAUAUUUUUUUGGCAAUGCGAUUGGACUUUGACUUUCUCGAAAGUUGGAUUUCGUAUUCAGUUGGAAGUUUUUUGAUAUUUUAUAUUUUCUCACAUUUGACUUUUUCAGUUCUUGACUAUUUGGGAGACCAAAAGGAGGAACAACGGAGCAUUUAUGAAGACAAAGCGUAUUCCAAGUACCGUCAAGCAUAUUUAGGCUUAUUCACGUUCUUGCUGUUAAUUUAUUCAAUACAUUUGAUUCAAAUUCUGUGGCGAUGAUGAUGAUAACUACCGGAAUAUCUCAAUUUAUGCUCAAAUUGCAAGAAAUAUGCAGAGAACAUGUCAAAUAUUUAUUCGAAAAUGCAAAAUUAUAUCUUCCUCGGAUCUCUAUCGAUGCAAAAUGGAGGCAAAAUAUACAUUAUUAUUAUAUACAAACACAAUCCGAGUGUCAUUUGUCACGUUUGAAUUUUCAAACAACGAAGACGAAGACGAUGGAAAAAUAUUCCUUAUGCAUUUCUUAUUGACUUCCAUUUAAUGUGAGAUGAUAAAAUGUUCAGAAUUCAUUUUUUCUUUAUCGAAGGGAGAGAAAUAAUGAAAAUUGAUAACCUUGAAAAAAUAAAAAAAAAUCGAAAUUUGACCCCGACGUGAUUUGAACACGCAACCUUCUGAUCUGGAGUCAGACGCGCUACCGUUGCGCCACGGAGUCUUGUGACAAGUGCCAAUUAUGAACGAUAUUUUAGUGAUUUAUGUGAUUUUUUUUUAUGAAGAUAGAGGAAAAAAUACGGAAAAUGAGAUAAAUAUAGAAAUUAUCGCGAAUAUGAAA